AGUCUCCUCACUCAAUGCUCAAAUCCACUCAAUUUAACACAUUUCUCUUCUUCCACCAUGGUUCGCGAGCUCAAAAUCGUUGAAGAAGUCUCCGGCUGGCUGAGAGUCUUCGAAGACGGUUCCGUUGACCGCACCUGGUCCGGCCCUCCAGAGAUCAAGUUCAUGACGGAACCGGUGCCCACCAACUCCCAGUUCGAGGACGGCGUCGCCACCGGCGAUGUGACCAUCAACCCCACUUCCGGCCACCGCGUCAGAAUAUAUAAACCCGAAGAAGCACUAGAAAACCAAACCAAGCUCCCAAUUGUGCUUCAUUUUCAUGGCGGUGGAUUUUGCAUAAGUGAAGCCAGUUGGUCUAUGUACUAUAAUUUUUAUACUAAACUUGCGAAAUCCGUCCCGGCGAUCAUAGUGUCCGUCUAUCUCCGCCUGGCUCCGGAGCACCGCCUCCCGGCCGCCUGCGACGACGGCUUCGAAGCCCUCCUCUGGCUUCAGUCCCUGGCUGAGGGCCGCAAACACGAGCCCUGGCUCAACGAAAGCGGAGACUUCAGCCGAGUGUUUCUCAUUGGAGACAGCGCGGGAGCAAACAUAGUGCAUGACGUGGCAGCACGUGCGGGGAAAUUGCUGCCCGACACGGGUCCGUUAAAAUUAGCAGGUGCGAUCCCGAUCCACCCGGGUUUUCUCCGGGCUAAACGGAGCAGGUCGGAGUUGGAGCAGCCCCAGUCACCUAUGUUAACGCUUGAGAUGGUGGACAAGUUUAUAAAACUGGCGUUGCCGUUAAACAGCACUAAGGAUCAUCCCUUGACAUGUCCAAUGGGGGCAGAUGCGCCGCCGUUGGAGGGGCUGAAACUGCCGCCGUAUCUACUGUGGGUGGCGAAGAAUGACUUGUUGAAAGACACGGAAAUGGAGUUUUAUGAGGCCAUGAAAAAGGCAGGAAAAGACAUCGAGUUGAAGAUGAAUGAUGGGAUGGGCCACAGCUUUUAUUUAAAUAAAAUGGCGGUGGAUACGGACCCCCAAACGGGUGCCCAAACUUCUCGUCUUCUUCAAGAAAUUUCAGAGUACAUAAGAAGACAUUAAUAAGUGUUAUUGUUAAACUCUAUUUUUAUGAUGAUGUAUUUGUGGCUUGUUGUAUUGCCGUAUCAGUCUAAAUAACAAUAAAAAAAAAAUUAUGUUGUUUUAA